AUGGGGCACUCAGAUGACAAAGGAAAGUACCAAAGAGUGAAGAAGCACAAGGGCUGGAAGCAAAAGCCCCCCAACACCAGUGAGUCUCCCCCUUUGAGCCCUUGCCCUACACUCAAGCCUUGGAUGAGAGGUGGGGUAUCCAUACCCAAGGGUCAAAACCUUGUCCUCUAAGCCUCCCUGCCCGGCCCUUAGUGACUCUCCCUGGACACGCUCCCUCUCCCCCAGGCACAUAGCUGUCAACUGUCCCUUAUUUGGCGGGAAACUCCCUUAUCACAGCGCCGUGUCCCGCUGCUGUCCCUUAUUGAUGAUGUCCCUUAAAUUUCCCGGGUUUCAUGCUCACCCAGCUCGGGAGGGAAGCAGCAGCUCGGGGUCCUCUGCCGUGAGUGAGAGAGCGCGCUGGCGCCGUCAUCCUGGCGCGAGGAGUUCCAUCGGCCCUUCCCCACCCGAGAGGGGGGGGGAGGGAGAGAGACUCUCGCCCACGCCACCCGCGAGCCCGGAGGCGGCAGCGGUGGUGGCAGCUGAGGAGGCGGCCUGAGGGAGGAGGAAGAGGAGGGGAUGGGGAGGGACGCAGAAGGGUGGCGCUUCAAUGGGCGCCACGGCGCCGCAACCGCCUCAUGCCAGAUUGACAGCAUCUGUCAGUCCUACCAUAGCAAAACCCCUUAUUUUGGCUGCUGAUCCCUUACUUUCGAGGCUGCUGGUCCCUUAUUUUCAAAUCUGUAAGUUGACAGCUAUGCCCAGGCAACGCCCUUCACUGGGUCUGACAGUGGAGGAAGAACAUAGGAACCAGGGCUAGUAGCCAUUGGCAGACUUCUCCAUUAAUUUGUCCAAUCCUCUUUUAAACUUGUCUAAAUUGGUGGCCAUCCCGGCCUGCAGAAGUGAGUUCCGUAGUUUUAACUCUGCGCUGUGUGAAGAAGUCUUUUCUGUUAUCUGUCCCAAGUCUUCCAACAUUCAGUUUCGUUGUAUGUCCAUGAAUUCCAGUGUUCUAUCCACUCUCUCCACGCCAAGCGUAGCUUUAUAAACUUCUCUUGCAGCUCUGAAACGCGCUCUCAGCUUCCUCCUGCCUCGCUUCUGCAUCACGUUCCUUUGGAGCCAGCCGGACGAAUUUUGGGCUGCCAAGUUUUUCCUGGGGGCUGGAAUCGGGAGCUUGUAUGCUCUGGGUGAGUCCACUUUGAUCCAGUAAGGGCUGGAAACGUGAUUGCAGACGGAGGUAGAAAUAUAUAUAUGCAUUUUGAAUUGGUCUCGGCCAACGUCAGGUCCCAAACUAUCAGGAUCCCAUGAAACUGGAGGAGCUCACGGCAUUUUGGAAGCAGAUGGGCAGUCCAUAAGAGGCAAAUGUUGCAUUCUAGAGAAGCAAAGAAGGGCAGUAACUCAGAGCACCUGCUUUGCUUGCAGAAGGUCCCAUGUUCAAUCUCUGACAUCAUCUGAGACCUCUGGGUAUAGGGCAGUACAGUAUAUAUAUUCAGUAAGUAAUAAUAAUCUCCAGACAGGGCUGAGGGAGACUCCCUGUUUGAAACCCUGGAGAGCUGCUGCCACACAAGGUAGACAGUAUUUAGCUACAUGGACCUAACUCAGUAUAUGGUAGCUUCGUUUGUUCCCAUUUAAGUCACCCCUUUAUCCAGAACCAUGAGGACUGGUAUCUUUAUAAUCAAGGCCAAGGGUAGGCAACCCGUGGGCCGGAUGCGGCCCAAUCACCUUCUCAAUCUGGCCCGUGGGCGGUGCGGGAAUCAGCAUGUUUUUACAUGAAUAGAAUGUGUCCUUUUAUUUAAAAUGCAUCUCUGGGUUAUUUGUGGGGCCUGCCUGGUGUUUUUACAUGAGUGGAAUGUGUGCUUUUCUUUAAAAUGCAUCUCUGGGUGGGGCAUAGGAAUUUGUUCAUUAUUUAUUUCCUUCCAAAAUAUAGUCCGGCCCACCACAUGGUCUGAGGGACGGUGGACCGGCCCACGGCUGAAAAAGGUUGCUGACCUCUGAUCAAGGCCGUAGUUCAGAGGUAGAGCGCCUGUCUAAAACCCUGCUUGGCACAGACAGGACUGAUCUAGAUAGAACAGUUGGUCUGACUUGGUAUAGGGCAGUUCCUGUGCUCCUUUUGAAAAUCACCUCCUUUAUUCAAAAAUCCAUGAGGAUUGGACUCUUAACUUGAUUUUUAGACACACAGUACCACAGUAGCAGAGCAUGAAGUGUCGACAGUCCUAAGGUAGAUGGACCAGUGCUCUGACCUGGUAUGAGGAAGAUGCCUGCCUCCUAUCAGACAAGCAUAUUCUGAGUUUAUAGGGCCUGGGGGGCUGGGAUAGACCCUUGCAGAUUGUCAGCUGUGGGGAUACUCAGCUCAACAACUUUGGGCAAAACUGGAUUUUCACUUUUUGAAAUAUGGCAACUGCCAUGGCUGUUGGAAGCCGUCUCAUAAUGCUUUAAAUGCAUGGUGUGAAUGUGGCCAAUGGUGGAGGAUGGUAGGACCAAAAUAAAGAUGGUUUCCAAGGGUAGAGGGGUCAGAAAAGAUGAUGCACCGUUCGUUCAAGGGACAGAAGCAAGAGUAAGGCUGCAAUAUAUUUUCCCAGACACAUAUGGGAAUUGGGCUGUCAAAACGGCGUCCGGGCAGAUUUUUGCUGAAUCGGCAAAAUGUCUGGGGAAACCCGGCUGUAUGUCAAGUAGGGCGAUGUUUUUUAUUAUUAUUACAGUGGUACCUCGGGUUAAGAACUUAAUUCGUUCUGGAGGUCUGUUCUUAACCUGAAACUGUUCUUAACCUGAGGUACCACUUUAGCUAAUGGGGCCUCCCACUGCUGCUGCCCUAUUUCUGUUCUCAACCUGAAACAAAGUUCUUAACCUGAGGUACUAUUUCUAGGUUAGCAGAGUCUGUAACCUGAAGCGUCUGUAACCCAAGGCACCACUGUAUUACAAAAAUGCUUUUUAAAAAAUCAUAAAAUCAGGAUUUUCACUUUGCGGAACCCUAAGCAAGAGAAGCUCGAGGUGUCACACCCAGGCCCCUCUCUUGAUUUCCAGGCCUUUCCAGAAUGCUGAUUCUCCCCAUGACCAUCUCCGAAGAGCACAAGAUCGACCUGAUGUGUGGCAUGGCUGGUGAGGAGGGACGGCAGAGGCUCUGGGGAGAAAGAGGAGGUGCCAUGGCGGCGGAAGGAUUCGUAAAGGGUUUGGGCAACGAAGGGCCCGCCAUCUUGGGAGACCUGUUAGCAGCGGGGCCCGGUUCCCAUUAGCUUUCUGCAAAUACCUCUGUAACCCAAAACCUACGUGCAAACAACCAAAACCAUGGCAUGGUCUUACACUGGAAGAGGCUCAUCUAGUGCCAGGAACUUGUGGGAGCCAGUGGGCAUAUUUGGAGUAAUCGCUGUGGGGGCCGUGGCAUGGCACAAAAGGGCCGCCACAGACGGGGUGUGUGGCAUAUACCCUGGUUACCCAGGCCUGAGGUGCAUGUUUGCAAGGCCUACGCUGUCCCUGCGGUUGUAAUCUUUUUCAGCUGUUUUUGGUUUUGAAUUUUGAGUUGUUGUACCCCUGCCCGUGAGACCUGCUGGUAAAGGGCAGGUAAUAAAUUCAAUGAUACUAACGCACAAUGCUUCCCACGGGGAUGGGGCAUGACACAAAAUGGCUGCCACAGGGUGCGUGGCAUGGGCCUAGCCAGGGUUUUUGUUGGGGGGGCAGCCAAAGUUAUUGAGCUUUUUUAAGGAGAUCCCCCCCCCCCCAGUUAUUGAGACUUUUUGGGGGAAAUCAUGGGUAAAUAUAUACCCCCAAAAGAGGAUAUUACGUGGAACAGGCUUUGGUUGGGGGGGGACAGGCUUCUCCAGGGGGCAUAACCUCAGUUGACUGAGUACUUUCAAUGGUUUUCAAAUAAAUGUGAGUAUCUGGGGUGUGUGUAUAUGUUUUCAGGGCCCACUGUUCCCGUUAUUGUAAUCUGCUUUUACUGUUCCUAACUUUUAUUUUUUUUAAUUGCUGUACCUCCCCUGGGAUCUGCUGGUGAAGGGCAGGUGAUAAAUUUAAGAUAAAUAAAUGAACAUGCCAUGGGGGGUGUUGAAAUUCCAAAAGUGGUUUAAAUAACCCAUCUUUCUUCAGAAGUGCAAUGUGUAUGCAAUUAAAUCAAGCUAGUUCCUCCCCAGCGCUGAUAAGAGCAUGGGGCAGCCCCACAGCAUAAAAACUGACCGUCUCCCCCUUCUCCCUCCCCUAGGUGUGGCUGCCCUGGGCUGGGGCACAUCCCCACACUUCCGCUGUGCCAGCCUCUUGGUGGUACCCAAAUUCCUGGGGAAAGAAGGACGGAUUUACAUCCUCACCUAUGUCUUGGCAAGGGUCUUUGAUGGUACAAUAAAUACUCAUAUCUAUGACUGCUUGAGAGAAAUGUGUAAAAUUAAGCUUGCUAUAUGGAGAAAUUGAAUGGAAAAUUAUUUUUCUUCUCUCGUAAUACUAUAAAACUCAGGGAUAUAGAAUGGUACACAGUGUGUACAAUACAGUGGUACCUCGGUUUACAAACUUAAUCCGUUCCGGAAGUCCGUUCUUAAACCGCGGCACUCUUUCCCUAAUGAAGCCUCCCUCCGCCGGUGCCCUUCCACUGUUCAGAUUCUGUUCUUAGACCAAGGUAAAGUUUCAAACCGGGACGCUAAUUCCGGUUUAGCGGAGUUUGUAAACCGAAUCGUUUGUAAACAGGACUCUUCUUAAACUGAGAUGCCACUGCCUAGGUUAGGUCAAUGGCAGUGUCUCCGUAUGUUCCUUAGAGUCUUACUGCCCUUCCCACCUCAUUUUUCCUGUUCCCACCAUGGAACUCUCAUCUUCCUGCCCUGGUCUGUCAUUGGAUCCUUCGUCAGCAAAUUUUUAACGGGGUGUUUCUAUUAGCACAGGUUUAGGAAACCUCAGGCACCAGGGGCCUAAUGUGGCCCUCCAGUCCUCUCUAUCUGGGCUGUCAGAAAAAAUAGUGAGACAAUAGUCAUGCUCACGUCAUACAUUUAAAGCACUCUUACACCACUUUUAAGAAUCAUGGCUUCUCCCAAAGUAUCCUGGGAACCAUAGUUUCUUAAGGGUCUGAGAGCUGACCUCUCAUGGAGCUACAGUUCCCAGUACCCUUCACAAGCUACAGUUCCCACAAUUCUUUGAGGGGAAGCAGCCAUGGCUGUGAAAGAAGAGCGCUUUAAAUGCAUGCUGUGCUCUUACUGGAUUUUGAGGGCCUAGUUUUGUACAGGAUAAGAGAAAGGGAAAGGAGUAAUGUAACACUAUAUAAAUUUAUGAAGGUUUUUGCAGUAGCUGGGCUGUAGUGUUUAGUUGCUACUGAUUGUUGUUUUCCGUGCAUUUUGUACUGAAUAUAUUUUGAUACGCCUCUAUCCAGCAUGAUAAUGUGUGCGCGCUUGCGUGUAUAUAAUACAACUUAUAAUAAGGUUGUAAGGAUGUCGUCAUGCUGCAGUUUGUGUGGCUGCUGAUAGUAUGCAAAAAAAGAGAGUGUAUGGGGUGAAUGUAACCAAUAAAGAUUAUUAACAGGGGCAAGUUUGACCAUCCCUAGUUUUUCUUUCUGGCUGAACCAGAGGGCUACCCACAGAGGCUGUGGUAAGCAGCCUAACUUCUGGUGCCAACUAUGCUUCCAAUGCCAAGAAAGCCACAGCAGAGGCCUCUUCCCCAUUCCUGGAUGGUUUGGCACAAAGGGUCCCACUCCUCUUUCUUGCAUGAUGUUUGUCUCCUUCCUCCUGCCAUACUCCCUCCUCCCCACCAGGUCCGGUGGCAAAUACCCGUCACAACCUGGGCGAAGUGGUGCGUUCCAUCAGCUGCACCGUGGAGAUGCAGAUUGACAAUGCCAAGCGUGCCUGGAAGAUUUCCCUGUCCCCUCUACGCAAGAUUCUCAAGGACAUGGUGGUGAGAAGCAGUAUACUAGGUCACUGGGUGGGGUGGGGGUUGGCAGUACUGCUAGUGCCCCCGAAGGUCCCUGGGCAUUCAGCAUGGGAGCCUCUGGCAGGGAGAAACCCUGGUGUAAUUGAUUAAUAAUAUGUUAUUAUCUAUUAAAUUUGUAUACCGUCCUUCAUCCGAAGAUCUCCGGGCGGUUCACAGUACAGUGGUACCUUGGGUUACAUACGCUUCAGCUUACAUACGCUUCAGGUUACACACUCCGCUAACCUAGAAAUAGUGCUUCAGGUUAAGAACUUUGCUUUAGGUUAAGAACAGAAAUUGUGCUCUGGCGGCGCGGCAGCAGCUGGAGGCCCCAUUAGCUAAAGUGGUGCUUCAGGUUAAGAACAGUUUCAGGUUAAGAACGGACCUCCGGAACGAAUUAAGUACUUAACCUGAGGUACCACUGUAUAAAAAUGCCAGUUAAAAAUGCAAAACUCACCAUAUAAACAAGAAUGGAACAAAGCUAUAGCCCCCGCCUCCGCAAAUACAUUUAAAAGGAAAUAGGUUAGUCAGUCAAAGGCCUGGUUGUAGAGAAAACUUUUCACCUGGCGAAAUAGAAUGAAGGUGCCAGAUGAACCUCGGGAAGAGCAAUUCCACAAAUAGGGAGCCACUGCGGAGAAGGCCCUUUUUGUGUUUCUACCCUCCAGACCUCACGUGGAAUGAGGCACACAAAGAAGGGCCUCAAAGGAUGAUCUCAGGGUCUGGGACAGUUUAUAUGGGGAGAGGUGGUCCUUGAGGUAUUGCGGUCUUGAGGCAUGUAAGCCGUUUAAGGAGUUUAGGCAGAGGCUUAAGAAAGCAGCUCAACACAGAGGGGAUAGUUUUCCAGGAAUGGCUUGGCUUUGCAAGCUGGGGUGCUGCGAGUUCUCUUGGAGCAUCUGCCUGGCCAUUGGGUGUUGCUGGACUCCAAUCAACUGCAGCCAGCAUGGGAUGAUGGGAAGUGUAGUUCAACAAUGUUCUUGUACUCCCAUCAGCCCCAGCCAGCAUGACCAAUGGCCAGGAAUAAUGGGAUAUGUGGUCUGGCAACACCUGGGGGGCCACAGAUCUCCUCUUCCCUAGAUUACAUGGACCACUAGUCCCAUCCAUCAGGUCAUGCGACAUGAGAUUGGUGGAAUGGGAGCCCUGGAAUUUGCCCAUUGUGGUAGCUGUCCCUGCUGCUUGGGGAAAAUAUAUACGAAGCAAUCUUUUCCAUCUGUGGGGCUGCCAUCUCUAGUCUACCCCCUCUGCCCCCAUCCCUCUCCCACCCCUGUUUUCUUCACCAGAGGAGCGGCAAGACCCUGAGGUCCGAAACCAGGGAUGUCUCACGUUCCUUCUCAGAGCUGAACGAGCAGGUGGCCAGCGAGGCAGGCCUUGGGAUUCGCUCAGUGAGGUCGGCGGUGCACAAAGCCAACCCUUCCACACAGGAGAUCUACGAGGCCAAGACUCGGAUGCGCUGCACCCGUAAGCAUAUGGGAAAGGGACACGUGGGGUUGUGAGCACAGAUUAUUCUAAGGGUGGGCAUGUGGAUCAAAUAUCUGGUCAGCAUCCCUUUUGCUUCUGUUCACCAUCAGUUCUGUCCCGUUUCCACCUUUCUCAGAGUUUUAUUUUAUUUUUUUAAUGCAUUUAAACCCACAUUUGACUCUGCAUUCAAACCUGCAUUUAAUAUCACAUUCACACCAUCCAUUUAAAUCCCUCGUAAUCCACUUCAGCAGUCAUAGCUUUCCCCAAAUGUCUCUCUAACCAGCGGUUCUCAACCUGUGGGUCCCCAGAUGUUGUUGGACUACAACUCCCAUCAUCCCUGAGCUCUGGCCUUGCUAGCUAGGGAUGAUGGGAGUUGUAGUCCAACAACAUCUGGAGACCCCCAGGUUGAAAACUGCUGCAAGCCAGAUUGUUCAUUCAUUUCAAUGGGGCUACUGUAAGUAAAACUUAGGUGAUGCCGCCCAGAAAAUGUAAAAACAUAGAGCAUUAAAAAGUUGACAACAUCAAAUAAAAAAUGGCAGUGGACACCAAGGAAGUUAUUCCUGAUUAAUCCUAAUCUUUCUCCUAUAUAUUGGAGAGGGUGUAUUAUAGUUGGUACAUUCACCCAUGAGGGGUGGGAUUGAUUGAUUGAUUGAUUGAUUGAUUGAUUGAUUACAUUGUACCCAAGGAGCUCAAGGUGGCCUACAUAGUUCUCCUCCUAGUCAUUUUACCCUGUGAGGUAGGUUCAGCUGAGAGUGAAAUUACUCAGAUUAUUGAUCGGCAGAUAUGUCCAUCUCUGACUUUUGUUCUACUAAAUAGGACUCUCCUUCCUUGAAGGUUUUUAAGCAGAGGUUUCAUGGACAUCUGUCAUGGGUGCUUUAGCUGAGACUCCUGCAUUGCAAAGAGUUGGAAUAAAUGACCCGCGGGGUCCUUUCCAGCUCUGCAAUUCUAUGUUUCUAUGAUUCUAAGCAUGUUCUUGAACAGAAAUCUAGAUUUUAACCAUCAGGAGCUGUUGAGUCUUUUACUCUCGGUUACUUGUGAACUGGAAGAUGCUGCAGAACAUAAAUAUUGAACAGUGGUAUCGAAAAGUUUGGCAUUGUGUAAAAAUUUAGGGCAACCAGGGGGCAAAGGAUAAAGGCCCCAUCUGAGAAAAUAUGGAAAGCAUUUAUUGACUGCACAGCAGAGCUUUCCAAACUGAGUCGAGACUCGUCAGUGUGUCGGCUGCAGUGUGCGGACGCUCCCCACUCUCUUCCUAGGCCUGGAAAGGGGUUAGUUUAACCUCUGGUUUGCUAGUAAAACUGAAUUACUUGUGUUGCAAAAUGAUGCAUGUCUAAAAAGUGUGUCACCAACAUGAAAAGUUUUGAAAGCUCUGCUGUACAGGAUAGCUCAUUCAGUCGAGCGUGUGACUAUUAAUCUCAGGGUUCAAGCCCCACAUUGGGCAAAAGAUUCCUGCAUUUCAGGGGGUUGGACCAGAUGUCCCUCUGUGUCCCUUCAAACUCUAUGAUCCUACUCUUCAAACUUUUCAGUCCAGUUCCCACUUUUAAACAUUCAUUUGUGGACCCGUUUCUGAACUUUUCACCAAAUAUUUGCACGGCGGCAGUGCUCCUGUCGCAACCCGCCUCGGACCAGGCCGUGACCCAUGAGGGGGUGCCGAUUCACCAUUUUAACACCUCCUAGACUGCAGACCUUUAAAGUCAUCUCUUCGUCUCGGAACCUGUAAAGAAAAAUCUAGCGAGGAAAACCCUGUUACAGAAACUAUAAAGGAGAAAGGAAGCAUUAAGUGUGAAUAGCUGUCUUAAGCCUGUUACAUUAAUGACUUGCCCUUUGCAUCUGUUUCGUUUGAUUUAUUUUCAGUUUGCAUUUUCAAAGAAGUUUAGCAAAUAAAAUAGUAACAACAACAACACUGUCGACGCUUUCCUUUUCCCCCUUCUAGAAAUUAUAGACCAAGCCAUCAAACGCUGCCAGAGCUGGUUUGCAGUUAAGCAUGCAUCUUGCAUGCGGACAAUUUCUGUUCCCUUCAUCAACCACCUACUUUGCAUUCCUAUGAAGUUCAGCUUCCUCUGCCACUUUGCCAAGAGUGAGUUCCAGCCAAGGACAAGAGAAGAGAAGCCGCCGUGAUAAUAAUAAUAAUAAUAAUAAUAAUAAUAAUAAUAAUAAUUUAUUAUUUGUACCCCGCCCAUCUGGCUGGGUUUCCCCAGCCACUCUGGGCGGCUCCCACAAAGACCAAAAACACACUAAUAUAUCAUACGUUAAAAACUUCCCUGAACAGGGCUGCCUUAAGAUGUCUUCUGGAUGUCAGGUAGUUGUUUAUCUCUUUGACAUCUGAUGGGAGGGCGUUCCACGGGGCGGGUGCCGAGAAGGCCCUCUGCCUGGUUCCCUGUAGCUUUGCUUCUCACAAUGAGGGAACCGCCAGAAGGCCUUUGGCGCUGGACCUCAGCGUCCGGGCAGAACGAUGGGGGUGGAGACGCUCCUUCAGGUAUACUGGGCCGAGGCCGUUUAGGGCUUUAAAGGUCAGCACCAACACUUUGAAUUGUGCUCGGAAACAUACUGGGAGCCAAUGGAGGUCUUUCAAGACCGGUGUUAUGUGGUCUCGGCGGCCGCUCCCAGUCACCAGUCUAGCUGCCACGUUCUGGAUUAGAUGUAGUUUCCGGGUCACCUUCAAAGGUAGCCCCACGGAGAGCGCAUUGCAGUAGUCCAAGCGAGAGAUAACUAGAGCAUGCACCACUCUGGCGAGACAGUCCGUGGGCAGGUAGGGUCUCAGCCUGCGUACCAGGUGGAGCUUGAGGCCAUUGCUUGUAGGGACUGCUUGUUGUGUGGCUGACGGGCUGUUCUUAAGCCUCUUGAUCACAGCUCUGCUACCUAGGCUGAACUACAGUUCCCAGGGAUCUUUGGUGGACAGGGGAAGGCAUGCAGGACCUCCCUAAACCAAGGUUUGGCUUAGCACACCGUGUGAACCAGACCGGCGUGUUGGACUCAAAUCCUGAUCGAAACCACAUGCUUUCCUGUAGAGGGUCCCUGUGGCUGGGCAUCCCAUCCUGUGAGUCCCCACCUGCCACCAGCUGUGGUACAUCCCCCCCCCCACCUGCCUGUCUGAAGUGGUACAUCCCUGCCACAUCCUUGCUGAGCGCCUAACUCUUGUUCUGAAAUGCAGCUUCACUCUCCAGCUGCUUUCUUCCACCUCUUCCUCCUCCUCUUCCUCUGCAGUUAUGCACACUUGGUGCCGCGACAAGAUUCCUGUGGAAGGGAACUUUGGCCAAACCUACGACCGGGUUAACGAUUCCGUGGACAGUUUAAACCAGGACUUCACAGCCAGUUUAGCGGUCAAGGUGCGUAUGGCAGGGGCGGUAGGGGUCUAUUUAUUUAUUUAAAGCACUUCUGCCCUGUUGUUCAGCUGAAAAGACCCCUAGCAAGGCUUACAGAUAAAUAAAAACAAGCCAUUAAAAAAAUAAACAAAUCCCAGACAUUUAAUAAUAAUAAUAAUAAUAAUACGCCACCCAUCUGGCUAGGUUGCCCCAGCCACUCUGGCAAGCUCCUAACAAAAUAUCAGACAGACAAUAAAAUGACAAAUGUUAAAGAUUUCCCUAUACAGGGCUGCCUUCAGCUGUCUUCUGAAUGUCAUAUAAUACGUUAUAUCCUUGACAUCUGACAGGAGGGCGUUCUACAGGGAGGGCGCCAAUACCGAGAAAGCCCUCUGCUGGUUCUCUGUAACCUCACUUCUCGCGGGGAGGGAACAGCCAGAAGGCCCUCAGAACUGGACUUCAGUGUCUGGGCUGAGCAAUGGGGGCGGAGACGCUCCUUCGGGUAUACUGGGCUGGGGCCGUUUAGGGCUUUAAAGGUCAGCACCAGCACUUUGAAUUGUGCUCAGAAAUGUACCGGCAACCGAGACUUCCGGGGUGGCGCCAUCGGCAAUGGCGGACUCCCUCUGAACUGGAGGGACCAGCUCCGCGCGAAACGGGUCUUUUCCGCUACGGCGAAGCGGGGACCCUUUUAGAAAUCACAGGCGGAUGAAGCCUUUGACCAUGGGACUCGGCGGGCACCAUUAGCGCCCCCCCAACCCGCAAAGGAACCCAUUAACGGGCUCCGAAGCGAAGAGGGGGAAGUGGCGUGGUGCUGUGAGUCAACUGCUUUUUCCGUGGAGCGAAGCUGCAUAGCCGUUGCCGGAGAGCGCUGCCUUUUUCCUGGGACAAUUUGGCAUCUAAAAUAAUCACCCGUGAGUACUUAAACUUUGAACAAUUGGACUUUAAAUAAGGACUGGCGAGCAGAAAGGAAUUGGACUUAAAAAUUUACUUCAAUUUGGUACUGAAACGGGAAGGUCUAAACAGGAAGUCAGCCUUCCGUUUCUUUGUAGACAGAAUAAAGCAAAGACAAAGUAAACUAGAGCUUAGAAAAUCACUUCUAAAGGAUUGGCUUUCAUCAUUUAAAAUUGUUGAACCCCCCUUCGGUAGCAGGAGAAGAAGGGGGAUCUUUUUUGGACUGUUUAAACCUGCAGAAGUGAGUUUAAAGUAAAGUAACUUUCCACCGUCCUGAUCCUGGAGCGGGGUGUCAGGACUGACAUUUGAAGCUCAUUGACCAGAGACAAAUGCUUUUGACAGAUAGCUAAAAGAAGAGUAACAUAGUGAUUCCACUGUUUCCUUUCGCAUUUUAAAGGAACAAAUAUUGACAAAAUAUCUCAAAAAAGAAACUUUGUUGCGAGAUUUGUCCUUAAAAGAAAGAACAAACAGAAGUUUUCCCCCUAGAGGGAGAUUGUGAGACUGUAACUAAUUCCAGGGAGCUUGCAGCUGUCACAGAUUACAAUCGUGGGAAAGGACUUGUGACCUUGCAGGACAAUGUAUUCAGAAGCUCUGUUGUGUGCUCUCUGUAAAACAAAUGCCCUACUGGAUCAGUUAAAUGAGAAGACGGAUUUGUUGACUAAUGCGGUCAGAACUUUUGAACAGGCAGUGGGAAACUAUAUGGAGCCCACCCAGGAACUAAAUCAGGAGUGUGCCCUGACAGAACAGAUGAGAGAAGAGGACGUUGCUGAAUCUUGGGCGCCAGAGAUGGAGGGAGCUGCGGCCCUGCAGGAACAUGAGCUUUUGGAUUUGACAAAUGAACUUGGAAAAAACCAGAUUUGGAAAGAUAAAGUUUGGAUUGGUUUGGAAAUGGGGGGUUGGAUUGACCCCCCUAUGCAGGGAUGUUUGGACUUUCCGAGUCUGGCAAUGGGCCAUGAGAUGUUUGGAGCUGUGGGGGCUCUCAAUUUUGGAGGGAUUCUGAAACAUGUUUUUAAAUACCACAUGGAGUUUAGUCCGGACUAUGGAAAAGGGGCUGAUUUGUUGAAAGGGUCAAAAACAUUACCAAGCUGGAGUUCCCACGAGUAAAAGGAAAAUAUGAAGAAGAGCCGCGGAAGGGACAUGGAAGAGACUUAAGGGCCUCGGAUAUAAGGUUACCAGGUUAAUGCGCUAGAUCAAUGGGAUAAAAAGGACUGACAAAACCCGGGACCAGGAGGAAGGGACGCUGGAUGAAGAUUGGAUUGUUUAUAUUUCUUUUUUUAUCAUUAGGAUUGUUUUAUAAAAUUGAUGAAUGUUAGAAAAAUGCUGAAAUGAAAUUACUUGGCUCUAGCAAAAAUGUUUAAAGAAUUAGGUAAGAAUAUUAUGGUUAUGAGAAGUUGGUAAAAAGAAGAUUUAAGUUUUAAGUUUUAAGGUUUUCUAUAAGAUAAGAUGAAAAUAGAUUAAGGUAAUGCAAUGACAGAAUAUUAUGAAUUAUGGAAAGGAUUUGCUGCGAUAAUUAUUAAUUAGGAUACAAAAAAAGGGAGGAGGAGGAGGUCAAAGAAAGAAGGUAAUGAAAGUUGAGAAUUUGAGAAUGAUGGGUUUAUUUUUUCUUUUUCUUUUUCUGGUUUUUUUUUUGUAAUUCUAAAACAUUUUCAAUAAAUAUCAUUUAAAAACAACAACACAGAAAUGUACCGGCAACCAAUGUAGAUCUUUUGGGACCAGCGUUUAGGACAUUCCUUUCCUUUCUUCUCCCCCACCCUCCCUCCAUCCAGGAAGAACACCAGACCAUGCUGGUCGGUGCCAACCUCUCCCACAGACACCUGGUGGAUGAAGUCAACGAAGAGGUGGCCAAGCAGGGCGAGCGCCUGAGCACCUCCAUGUCUGUGCUUCGGGUCCUCCUCUCCUGCAUGUUCAUCAUCGUCUUUGCCUCGUGAGUUGGGCUGGGGGCGCAGGCGGCACCUGGGUGGGGGCAGGAAACCUAUUUGGAUUGUGCCUGAGGCAAGCCUGAGGCCCUAGAUUUGAGCACCCUUCGGCACGUUGGCAACCUUCAUGGAUUUUGUUGGACUACAUUCCCAGCAUGUCUGACCAUCGGCCAUGCUGGCUGGAGCUGAUGGGGGCCGGAGUCCCUGUAAACACCUUGAGGGCCACAGGGCCUUCACCCCUGUUGUAGAAGCAGGAGCCAAUAAUAACAGAAACUAUGCCUCUGGCCUUCCUACUGACCUUCCUAAGUCUCUGGGUGAGCGUUCAACAUCUGGCUUUUCAUUGACUGCAGCAUGAAAAUGUAUUCUGUCAUUAUUCCGUGUGUGAAAAUAAGAUACAGUGGUGCCUCGCAAGACGAAAUUAAUCCGUUCCACGAGUCUCUUCGUCUAGCGGUUUUUUCGUCUUGCGAAGCAACCCUAUUAGCGGCUUAGCGGAUUAGCGCUAUUAGCGGUUUAGCGGCUAUUAAAGGCUUAGCGGCUUAGCGGCUAAAAGGCUCUUAGCGGCUUAGAAAAAGGGGGGGGAAAGCGAAAAAAAUCUCAAGACUCGCAAGACAUUUUCGUCUUGCGAAGCAAGCCCAUAGGGAAAUUCGUCCUAAGCCAAGGAAGGGGAAUCUGUGUCCUUCUGGGUGUUGCUGGUCUGUACAAUGGUACCUCGGGUUACAUACGCUUCAGGUUACAGACUCCGCUAACCCAGAAAUAGUACCUCGGGUUAAGAACUUUGCUUCAGGAUGAAAACAGAAAUUGCACAGCAGCAGGAGUCCCCAUUAGCUAAAGUGGUGCUUCAGGUUAAGAACAGUUUCAGGUUAAGAACGGACCUCCAGAACAAAUUAAGUUCUAACCCAAGGUACCACUGUAGCUCUCAUCAUCCCUGAGGGGAGUUCUAGUACCAACAAACAACUGGGGGGCUGCAGGGGCCCCAUCCCUGCUUCACACCUCUGCAAGAGCAUUUAACGUGAUCCCUGAUUGGUUGGGAUGUGUGCCCAAGACAGGGGUGGAGAACCUGUGGCCCUCCAGAAGCUGCUCAAUUAGAAUUGUCCUCCCCUGCCCUUUGGCCACACUGGCAGGGAGGACUGGUGGAAGUUGGAGUCCCAACAGCAUCCAGAAUGCGUCAAGUUCCCCUCUUGUGCAAGAGGAAUGAUUGUGGUGUUCCACAUUGGCUGUGGGACCAUAAUAAGCAGGUGUGCAAGGGGGAUGGAUUUUGAAUUUCUACCGAUGGUGGGUUGGACACCAAAGCUGACAACCAGCAGCAUCCCUGACCCAGAGCUUUGCAGCCUUCGGCAGCUGUGAUCUGAAUGUUGAGGACUAGCUGCAUGCUGUGUCAUUGGUUGUUGUUGUUUUUAACAAAAAGGCUGCAUCCCAGGCCUUGGCAGGAGCUUUUGCAGUGGGCUGUGAUGGGUUGGGAGUGGAGCUCGGUGGGUUAGGCAGACAAGCUUGGAGUGUCUCCCCACCUCUCGCCACAUUCUUUCCCGGCCCCAUCUCCAUCCUCCUUUCCCUCAGGGCGUUCUCCUACACAAACAGCUACACGCAGGACAUUCGCUUCGACAAUCUUUACAUAUCCCGCUACUUCCGGCAGAUAGACGCCCGACGUCGGAAGCAGGUAGGAGCGGCCAGAGUUUGCCGCUUGGCUAGAUGGCCGGGUGGUGGCGGUCAGCAGUCACAGCCAGAGGGGGUUGUGGUUGCAGGCGGCAGAGGUCAAAGGGCAUUCGGGGGAAGGAAGCAGAGCCCCUGUGGGGUUCUCAGACCCGUGAAGGAUACGUCCCUCAGCAGCCUUUUAGUCACAAGAGCUGAAGUGGAACCUCCACAUCCAGAGGCAGUUUACCUCUAGAUGUAAUGUGCUGGGUGAUGGCAACAGACAACAGGGUGAUGACAACUCUUCCCCACUCCUACUGCCUCCUCUCACCCUGCGAACCUUGCAGAAGAAGCGGACACUUCUGCCCUUGCGGCGUGCCGAGCAAAGCAGUCUCAUCGACCCCCUCCGCCUCGCUUUCCAGCCGCCCGAGACCAAAAAUAUGGUAAGUGGAUGGGCUUUGGGGCAGAGACCUACGGAGAUGGGGGUGGUGGGAGUUAGAGGGAGGCAUUGAGGCAGGAUACCAAAGGAUUGGGAUCCUGCUAUGCUUUAAUAAUUGUGAGCUGUGUAUCCAGUGCCAGCCUUACUCAGAGUAGGUGCAUGGAAGUCAAUGACAUGACUCACUUAGGUCCAUUAAUGUCAGUGGGUCUAUUCUUUGUAGGGAUCGCAGGAUCUGUCCAUUUCAAUUCUCUUAGACCGCAUUCGCAGCAUACCUUUGAAGCACUACGAUACCACUUUGAACAGUCAUGGCUUCUCCCCCACAGCUACAGUUCUCAUUCUGGGGUUGGCCCUGUGAGUUUUCUUACCCCCGCACCCCCACUGCUGUUUUCAUGCCAACUUCAGAUUUAUUAAUAAGGCAACCAAAUGAUGGUUGUAGCCAAGCAGAAUCAUACUAACAUAAAAAUAUUCAUAGGAAUUAUACAGAACAAAAACAAAAACGUGACCUAUACGAUAUAUCAUUAUGCGUUUUUGGGUACCAGACUCCCCUACAUUCCUGGAUCCAGUAGAUGUUAGAAUUUAACCAUCUCCUGAACCCCUGGAUCUAGCAAGGGUUAAAAUAUAAACCCGGCCAGUCUCCUGAUGAGGUAAUCGCCUGGGAGAUGAGCCAUUAAGAAAACAAAAGGAAAGUAAUGGGCCAUUAAGAAAGCAAUUAAGAUGGCUCUGUGCCAGACGCAGGUGAGUGGGGCCCCUCCUUCAGUUCAGAGCUUGUUAGAAGAAUGAAAACCAGGGUAUGGAGUUUUAGCAUAGGCUGGAAUGCGAUUGGGAGAAAAAAGGUUUCAGUUUGGUAAAGGCGGCAAGCUAGAGCCGUGUCUGAUUUCUGUUGAAAUCCAGGGCUGCAGCUAUGGGGGAAACAAGACCCUCUUGGGACCAGGUUGUAUAUACGUGUAAAUAAACCAUAUAUCAUAGAGAUGCCACAGUCUGCACUGCGCCUCCUUUCCAAAGGAAAACACAGGUGAUGGCGUAUGUUGUGCCUGAAACCUCCCCUUGCACUGCCCAGAGAUGUACAAUAUAAAGCAGGCAUAAAAAUCCAGAAUCUUAAAUCUUGAGGGAGACCACAUGACCUUGUCCAAGUUCAGCAGCUUUCCCUGUCAGUUCUAUAUGUCCAGUGGUGCCCUCUUUCUUUGGAGAGGCAGCGGUGGAAUAGUGGUUAGAGUGCCGGGUUCAAAUCUCCCACUCCACCAUGAAUCUCACUGGGUGUGACCUUCAGCCAGUCACUGCGUCUCAGCCCAACCUAUCUCACGGGGUUGUUUUGCGGAUAAAAUGGGGAGGAAGACAAAUGGGGAGGAAGGAAAAAACAUUCCUUUUUAAUCAGGCCUUUGGUUGAUCUUCUUGACACCCAACACUCUUUUAGAAUAUGGCUUUUGGGAGGGGGGUUAAUUAGGUUACUGCUUUUGGUUUGAUUUUAUAUGUUGUGGUGUUGUUGUGAACCACGCUGAGACCUCUGGGUAUAGGGCAGUGUAUAAGUUGAAUAAAUAAUAAUAAUAAUAUUAAAUGUGCACCUCACCUUGAGCUCCUGGAGUGGUGGGGAAAGGUGGAAUAUAAAUGUAAACAAGUACCGUAUUUUUUGCUCUAUAAGACUCACUUUUUCCCUCCUAAAAAGUGAGAGGAAAUGUGUGUGCGUCUUAUGGAGCGAGUGCAGGCUGAGCAGCUAUCCCAGAAGCCAGAACAGCAAGAGGGAUUGUUGCUUUCACUGCACAGCGAUCCCUCUUGUUGUUCUGGCUUCUGAGAUUCAGAAUAUUUUUUUUCUUGUUUUCCUCCUCCAAAAACUAGGUGCGUCUUAGGGUCUGGUGCGUCUUAUAGAGCGAAAAAUACGGUAAAUAGAUUUAGCUGUUAUUAAUUGUUGCCAAAGCCGGACAACAAGUUAUUUAACCUGACUCCUGUUGCUGGGGGUAGCCUCCUCCUCUCGUGAUUUCUCUGAACGUUUUUCGCGUAGGUGUUUUAUGCCGUUUACUGUAAGACACGGGCGAUGUCCUCUAUCCGGGGGCUGAUCAGCCCCAUAUGUGUCACUGACCCACACUUAUUCCUCCCGCGCACACACCCUGCUUCUUUCCAGAUGUCAGAAUUACUGGGCUGUUUGCCAGCAUCGCUCUUCGUGAUAAUUGCCUGCGUCCUUGACUUCCUGCUGUAUAACAUAUUCAGCACCAUCAAACACCACUCCUUUGUGGAGUAUUCUUUCCGCAGUAAGUUAUAUGACCCCGGAAGGGAGGUUCCCCCUUUCCCCUCCUCUCCAGCCCUGCCUUAAACAUCAGCUGGAUAUUUAGAAAACAUCAAACGGGCAAAUAUUUAUUAAUUUCCUUUAUUUUAGUACAAGGGUGGGAGAACCGUUCUUCUGCUACAAGGCAAACCUGCGGUGACCCGAGAAUGGGAAUUCUCUGCUGCUGGCCGCCUCUAUGCUGAACCAUAAAAUGAAAUGGCAUUGGUUACGUUUCAUUCCGCCUCUUAUCUCAGUUAUCUGAAAUAAAAUAGCAAAUUCCACAACGUAUGCUGUUUUUAUGCGUAUGCAAGAAUGAAAGAAAUGAAUCAAAUGCUUAUAACAGAUUGUAUCAUAAGUUCAUUGCAACACACAACAGGAUCUGAUUUCCUUGCCUUACUUUGAUCUGUGUUGGUGGGACACGCCCUACUUUUAUGCUUUUUUGGGGGGUCUUGCUCAGCUGGUGCCCUGAGCACGUAAGGUAAAGGGACCCCUGACCAUUAGGUCCAGUCGUGGCUGACUCUGGUGUUGCGGCGCUCAUCUCGCUUUACUGGCUGAAGGAGCUGGCGUACAGCUUACAGGUCAUGUGGCCAGAAUGACUAAGCCGCUUCUGGCGAACCAGAGCAGUGCACGGAAACAGCAUUUACCUUCCCGCCGGAGCGGUACCUAUUUAUCUACUUGCACUUUUAUGUGCUUUUGAACUGCUAGGUUGGCAGGGACCGAGCAACGGGAGCUCACCCCAUCGCGGGGAUUCGAACCGCCGACCUUCUGAUCAGCAAGCCCUAGGCUCUGUGGUUUAACCCACAGCGCCACCCGCGUCCCUUGCCCUGAGCACAUGCCUGUAUGGCAAUCCAGCACCACUCCCAGGCACCAGCAAGAUGGUGCAGAGUCAUUUUAAGAGCAGGAAGGUUUUAUGAGCGCAGCGUUUGUUGUUGGAAAAGCGGAAUACAAAUCAACAGCCCUAUUGUGAUGUGCUCUACAUGGGUCUGCUGUCAAAAAUGACUCGAAAACUUCAGUUGGUCCAAAAGGCAGCAACCAGAUUCCUUGUUGGGGUUCCAUUUAGACCUCGUAUAACCCCAGCACCAGUUCCCAGUUUGUUUCUAGGUCCAGUUCAAGGCAGUGGCAUAGCAUGGGGGCGGUGGCACAGGGCACAAAAUUCUUAGGGUCAAAAAAUUUCAGCACCUGGUGCUGCCUCCAUACAGCUGUGUGCUUCUGUCACUGGGCUCUGUUGAAAAUGGCUUCUCCGUGUGAAGCAGGAAGUGACCCCUACAGACAGCAAAACAACUUUUUUCCCCCCUCUGUGGCUGCAAUCUCCUGGGUGACACGGAUGUUGCUGGGCAGUUGAAUGCGCAUGUGUACUUCAUCUGUUUCCCUCUCUCCCACACCCUCCCCACCUUGCCCCGGAUGCUUGCUACCCAUGCUAUGCCACUGGUUCAGUGUGUUUAUGUUGGUGUUCAAAGCCCGAUAUGGCUCACGCCUCAAAUACCUUGAAAGACUGCCUUCUUCCCUCAGGCGCUGUGAUAGACAGAGGGGCCCCUCUUGGUCGUUCCUCCGCCCGCAGAGCCCUGGGGUGGUGGUGGGCUGCAAGAGGGCUGGCUCUCUGGUGGCCCCCAAAACUCCCUCCACACAGGCACAUGUCUCACGCCUUCAUUACAUGGCUUCUGGCAAAUGUUCAGGACGCCCCUUUUCACCCCGGCGUUUGACACUUACUAUUUUUGUGGUCGCAAGUUGUUUUAACUUUCUUUUUUUAAAACAUUGUGUUUUAAUGGGAUGGCUGGGGUAAAGAGCGGGUGAUAGCUAACUAGCUAAAUCCCUUCUCCUGCCCCUCUCCAAAGGCAGCCACCACUUGGAGGUCAUAGUCGGAGGGAACACCAUGAUGGCCCGUCUCCUGCGCAGCACCAUCGGGGCCCUGAACACGUCCUCGGAGAUGGUGAUGGAGACAAACAACCUGCGUAAGUUGGGGAGGAGUCCAGGCAAGGGUGCUGUGCAGAGGAUGGAGACUGUAAGAUUGGGGGUGGAGGGUAUUUUCUGUGCAGUCUUCCUGGAAGUGGGGAGGGAUAAGGCCCCACGGUCCAGGGGUUAGCCUCCAGAGCUGCUACCUGUGAAGCACUUGCAUAUGGGUUUAAAUAUCUAGCGGCAGGUGGGUCCUGAGAACAGGGCCAGAUUUAGGUUUGAUGCUGCCCUAAGCUACUGAAGGUAAUGGGGCCCUUUAUAUGUCCAGCUGUCCUGUGUCAACAACAAAUAGUGGCUGUUUUUUGUGUUGAAUAUAUGCUAUAUGGUAAUUUAUGGACCUAAUAGGUAUCGAAAGCCAUUUGCGCAUGUUGCCAUGCAAGCAGUCCAUGCAGAAUGUAGGCACCCUAUACAGUCAUACUUCAUGGCUAUUGCCCUCUGUCAAAGCUUGCCCCUCUGGCCCGUCUCUCUCUUUCUCUCUCUUCCGCAGACUGCUUGCCGGAAGCGCAUGGAAUGAGCAAGGAGCAGUACGUGAGCUGCGUCACCCCGCUGGGCGCCCUGAUCCUGCUGUGCUUUGCGCAGGUCUACGUCUUCCGCAUCCGCCGCGUCAUUGCCGCCUUCUUCUUCCCCAAGGUUGGGACGCCAGGCCCCAGAUUAAAUGCACACACACCCCCUGCCCAACACGAGAAAUGUUCUCCGUUGCACCAUGAGGGCGACCCGCAGUGCAGGAUUUAUGUAUAAGACAUGAGUUAUAGCUUAGGGCUCCACACUCUUGGGGGGCCCCAAAAAAAAAUUAAAGGGAAAAAACUGGAUGUACAUUUUCAAAUAUAAGAUAAAAAACAAACAAAAUAAAACCUACGGUACAUACAGCAACAGUGUUUUGUGUUGUGUAGGCUCCUAUGAUGUAAGUAACGGGCCCCGCCUGCUAGCCUGCUCCCUAAAAUAUCACUGGUUUGUUCAUUUCUAUAUACAGUGAUACCUUGGUUCUCAAACUUAAUCCGUUCUGUUCUGUUCCAAAUCCAAAGCUUUCCAAAAGUAAGGCGCACUUUUUCCAUAGAAAGUAAUGCAAAACGGAUUAAUCCGUUCUAGACUUUUAAAAACAACCCCUAAAACAGUGACAAUUUGUUGUUGACAAAGGACAGCUGAACAUAUAAAGGGCCCCAUUACCUUCAGUAGCUUAGGGCCUCAUCAAACCGAAAUCCAGCCCUGGCUACCAGGGUGGGUGAUGUCCAUUUGCGGCCAGAACGGUCGGAUGGCAUAAUAAUGCUUUCUCUCCAGCCUCACGUUCUCCCUGCCACCCUCUCUCUCUCUCUCUCUCUCUCUCUCUCUCUCUCAGAGGGAGAAGAAGCGCAUUCUCUUCCUCUACAACGAGAUGCUCCGGCAGAGGAUGGCUUUCAUCAUUGUGCAGCGGAAGCGCAUCAUCCUGCGCGUGCGGCAGCGCAAAAGACUGGUGAGUGGAAGAGCACAGGCAGCUUCGCUGAAUUGUAGAGGCGGGAGGGAGCCCCAGGGGUCAUCUAGUCCAGCCCCCUGCACUGCAGGCAUUGCAGCUGAAGAAUCCCAAACAGAUAGCCGUCCAACCUCUGCUUCAAAAUGUCCAAGGAAGGAGAGUCCUUCCCUGGAAGUCCGUUCCACCGUUGAACGGCUCUCGCUGUCAGAAAGUUCUUCCCGACGUUUCGUCGGAAUCUCCUUUCUUGCGGUUCGAAGCCAAUUGGUUUGGGUCUUCCCUUCCAGAGCAGCAGAAAACAAGCUUGCUCCAUCUUCUAUGUGACAACCCUUUAGAUAUGGCUCCCAUGUCACCCAUUGUGCUCUAUAAAGACUAGGACUAGCCGCCUGAGAAACAGUUUCUAACCAAAUGUGAUUUUGGUUUUAAACGCAGUCUAAGGUAGUCUUUAUGUGAGUACGGUAUAUUGUAUUCAGUUAUGGGGUAUCAGAGUUUUUAGGGGCUAACCAGCCUGGGAUAGCAGGCUUGUGGGUUUUUGAAUGUCUGAUGUAGAUUUUUUCAAUUUCGUUGUUCUGUAUGGGACAAUGACAAUAAAGAUUAUCGUACUCCAGGUUAAACAUACCCAGCUCCAGCCGCCGUUCCUCAUAUUAUCUCGUUUCUUCUUUAUUUCAAUGUGCUACUGAAUACAGUGGUACCUCUGGAUGUGAACGGGAUCCGUUCCGGAGCCCCAUUCGCAUCCUGAAGCGAAUGCAACCCACGUUUGCGCAUCUGCGCGUGCGCAGUUCACGAUUCGCCGCUUUUGCGCAUGCGCAUGACAUCAUUUUGAGUGUCUGCGCAUGCGUGAGUGGCGAAAUGCGGAAGUAACGCGCUCUGUUACUUCCAGGUUGCCGCAGAGCGCAACCCGAAAAUGCUCAACCCGAAGCUACUUCAACCCAAGGAAUGACUGUAAUAUGUUUUUGAUUGAAUAAAAGGAAGGAUUUUUCCCAAACAGGCUUGCUCCCAGUGUGGAUUUGCUUGUGUGCACCUGUUCUCUGCCCCCAGUGCAUCUAGCGCAUGAGUGUUUCGGCAGUUCUGUGCAAUCCAUUAAAUCUCUUCCCGAAGGCAACACCCUGCCCCCGUUUCCUGCCCACUUGAGCCCCCUACCUUUCCACCUCCCCUGCUGCACGGGGACCUCAGGGCAAGGCUUCCUGUUGGCUCAGCUGAUGGGCCUCCACCCAUUCCCUCCCACUGGGGACCACUGAGUAAACCAGCAGCCUAGCCGGGCGCUUUUAAGCACCUGAUGACUUAGCAGGCCAAGGGUCAGAUAGUUUCAUUCUAGGAGCUUGGCUGAAAAACAAGGCACAUUCAGGCUCCGUGACUAUACGAAAUGCUGGUUCAAUUGGACCCGGGCCAAUCUCUCUACCUGCAGGGGAAGGGAGGGGUGGCAUUAUUUUUUUUUAGAGCAUUUGCACCCCACUUUUCAGCCCUAGAACGGCUUACCUACAAGCAGUUGAAACAAGAUUGUCCCUGCCUGCAGGCCUACAAUCUAAAAACAAGACACACAAAGGAAAAGGCGCAGGGAGGGAAGAGGGGGAAAGGAAACUCAACAUGGAUUCUCCUGCUUCAGAUUGUGGGGGGCGGGGGGUGGGGAGAAUGCCAUUUUAAAUGGCUCUGGAAUCUGGAUCCUAAAAAGAGACUGUUGAAUGCCAACUUUUUGAAACGGGUUGUUCUAUUUUUAUUCUGGUGAAGGUUGUCAAUUUUGUUAUGUACCGGUAAUUUAAUGUUGAUGUCCCCAGCACCCUCUAGACUUGGAUAUAUUUCCAACCAGCAGUCUCCUUCCUUCCCCAGGCAUUCGUUGAAGGAUUAUAAGAAAUACACCCAAAAAAAGUCUGUGCUGUUCUGAAACUGGUGGCUAAAAUCAGGGCUGUUUUGAAAGGUUCAGUCGGCCAUCUUGAUUCAAAAUGGCGCCCAGUUGUAUCCAAACAGAGAUGAAGACUCACUCCUUUGAUCGCAGGAACUGCCGUAUGAAAUCCUUAGCAAGGAUAUUGUAAUAAUAAUAAUAAUAAUAAUAAUAAUAAUAAUAAUAAUAAUUUAUUAUUUAUACCCCGCCCAUCUGGCUGGGUUUCCCCAGCCACUCUGGGCGGCGUCCAACAAAGUAUUAAAAUACAGUAGUCUGUUAAACAUUAAAAGCUUCCCUUAAGAGGGCUGCCUUCAGAUGUCUUCUGAAUGUUAAGAUGUCUUCCGGAUGUUAAGAGGCAUCCGGAAACAUGUGGCUAACACCUUUCCCUUCAGUGGAAAUUCCUGCAUUGCAGCGGGUUGGACUAGAUGACCCUUGGGGUCCCUUCCAAUUCUGCAACUCUGAUUCCAUGAUAUAAUGUAGGCGGAUAGCUUCCUUUCUGGCUGGGGCUGAGCACCUCCCUCCCUUCUCUCCUCCCUCUGCAGGAGAAGCCCUUCCUGGACAGGCUGGGCCGCUGGCUCCCGUUCCUCCAGCGUUUUCUCCGCAAGUACUGCAUCCUCUGCGGCCUGCCCCAAUCCAGCAACUCCAAAUUGUGCCCGGACCCCGAGUGCGGGACCCUCUACUGCCGGAUGUGCUGGCAGGACAUGGGGCGGGUCUGCUUUGCCUGCAGCCCUGAGGAGCUCCUGUCCUCCGACAACAGCAGCGAGGACCAGACGGGCUACGCAGAUUGA